GUCUGCAGCAGGGAAGGGGAGGGAGGAGGCGGUUCCCAUUCCUAUUCCUAUUCCCGCCGUGCGAGCGCUCCCGGCUCGCUGUGUGCGGGGCUGGCGGCGGCGGGGUGGCCAUGGCUUCCAUGGCGGCGGCGAUAGCCGCCUCCCGCACGGCCGUGAUGAACGGCAACCGGCCGCUGGACGAGCGGGAGCGCAAGCGGUUCAGCUACUUCUCCUCGCUGAGCCCCAUGGCGCGCAAGAUCAUGGCGGAGAAGGAGCGGAUCCGCGAGCGCUACGGGCCCGAGUGGGAGCGGCUGCCGCCCCGCCAGCAGGACGAGAUCAUCGACAAGUGCCUGGUGGAGCCGCACAUCCAGGCCCGCUACGCCGCGCACCGCGGGGCCGCCCGGCCCGCCGCGCAGCCCGCCUCCUACCCCAGCCUCCGCCUCAGCACGGGCCAGAAGGUGGUGCACUUCGGCGACGAGGACAUAACUUGGCAAGAUGAACACUCAGCUCCAUUCUCCUGGGAAACAAAGAGUCAGAUGGAGUUCAGCAUUGCAUCUCUGUCCAUACAAGAACAAGGUGGUGCCCAGUUGCAAAAUGAACAGAGGCAGCCUGUUAAAGCAGCACCUGGUGUCCAAGUCCCUAAAUCUUCUCAGGCCAAUAAGACCCCUGGCUCUGAUGGGUUGAUAGCAUCUAGAAAAGAAGAGGAGUCCUCUUUCUGGAAGAUAAAUGCAGAGCGCUCAAAGUUUGAAGGACACAAGUCUGAGUUUCAGUCCCUCACUCCCAGCCAGAUCAAGUCCAUGGAGAAAGGAGAGAAACCCCUUCCCUCUUUCUACAGACAAGAGUCUACUCCAAAGGAGAUGGCAAAAGCUGAGAAGCCCAGCGUAACUAAACCAGAGAAGUCUGUUGCCCCCAGCCUACCUUCUGUAUCUCUUGAAUGGGAGAAACCUCGACCUGCUCAACUCCCUACUAGUCCUCUAGAUGACUUCUUUCUUCCUGAUGCACCACAGGACCUGGCAUCUUCUAGGACAAACAAGGAAGAUCCUGAUGGUACUAUACUUACAGAUCCGCAAACACCUGGACAGACUAGUACAAGCAAUGUUAUCUUGAAGACUGGCUUUGAUUUUCUAGACAACUGGUAAAAUACACUUCAAAGUAGAUCAGAUCAAUUUCGGGGAAGGAGUGGAAUAUCUUGCUCCUUGUACGUUAAUUUACUAGCAUUUGUGUCUUUUUCUAGAAGUAAAUUUCAAACUCUUAAAUGUUGCCUUUGUAUAAACUUUUGUAAUACCAUAUGCGGUUUUGGUUUUUUAAACAGUGAUAGAAGUGUGGUUUCAUUUGGGUAUUUUUUUAAUAUCUGUUAAAAUUUUUAGUAGCUACUGUAUUGAGAGGAUGCGAGAAGUUACCAUACACAUGUUAAAGAAAAACAGAUGAGAGUCUCCACGUGCUACAAGUGGAACCUACAGGACCAGAUUGCUGUUUUCAAUCGAAAUCCUGCUGGCAUGGCUUGUAAGAGAUAGCGUAGCACAUGCAGUGGUUCCAAAUAAGCAAGUAACUCCAUACUUCAGAAAACUAGCAAAAACAGUAUGAAAAAAAGCGUACAGAUGAAUUGCAUUGAUUUCUAUACUUCAUUUUGUUUGAAAGUAACUUUUGUACCACUUACUUGAAAACACUUUUCUUUUAAAGAGGGCAAAGGCAUUGCCAAAACGAUGGAUCCAAAGAAGCACUGUGUUUGUACCCUACAAAUCUGCUAAAAUAACAAAAGUGUGUUAGAAAAAUGACCUGGGGAAAUGACAGCUUUUUCUGAUCUUUGGAUUAGAGACUCGGGGGUGAGUGGGGUGGAAUGGGAUAACACCUAAUGAAUGGGAGAAACUAUCUUCAGGGAACACAAGCCUAAUUAUUUCACUGCCUCCUUACUAGAGAGUGACUCUUUGUGAUAGUAGUGCUGGAAGGACAGCACUGAGAAUUGCUGGAGUUUAAAUUACCUUUGUGUCAGGCAACCACUAUGUUUAUGGGAGGUUAUAGCAGUAUAAGGCUUCUUUGUUUUUUAAGCAGCUUAUCGUCUCAAGGACUCAUCAACUUUGGUGCUUUUUCCUCCUUGUGGGUACAUUCUCUUCAGUGUUCAAGAUGUGGGUUACAUUUGUUCCUGAGGUGCAGAGGCAUCUCAAGGUGGCCCUCAGAAGACUUGCCUCCAGUUCUGCUUUUGAAUGAUCUUUGGUGUUUUAAAUGUAGAGAACAAGACUAGCUGUUGUUUGAAUCUGUCGUCUCUGAAAUGCAGCAUGAUUUACACACUGACUCUCACUGUGUUUACCUCACCUUGAAGCCUUAAUUCCCCCUACGCACAGCUAGUGACUGGUCUGCUCCAAUGCCAAAGGUUUGACCUUUCCCUUUACCUCAGCAAUAGUCCCAUAGUAUUUGUUUGGGGUAGAAGGCAAAAUACAGGGGUCUAAUGGGUCUCAUGGGUCCCAGCCAAGGCUAUGAAGGUCACCAUCUCCUAGACCGUAAUUGUGCUAUGCUUCUCAUGGAUUAGCACUUGACAUUUGGUUCAGUGCCAGGGGCAGUUAAAUGUGCAGAAUUGGAUGCUGCAGGAUUUUCUUCUGCCUGUUACAGGAAGUUUGAGAUGUCCUGGAAAAAUCCUUGCAUCUAAGUGAUGUGCUGCUUGUUCUGAACAAGAGCAGGAUGUUGAUAAAUGUUAAAACUUACUUGUUGAUGAAGGAAAAUGCUGUAAGCAACCACCAAGCCCAAACCCCCAAGUUUUUCUAGUGUUUUCUUAAAAGAUUUCUUAGCUAAUGAGGAAGACUGCCACAGAGUUAAGUGAUUCUGUAGCCUCCUUAUUUAUAGACUUCUGAAAGCUUCUUUACAUCCUUGCUGAGAUGUACAAACUCCUGUAACUGAUGGAUAUUGUCUCUGCAUUCAGCAAUUCAGAAAGCACUUGCUGUUUCUGCCAGCCUGGACUUUAUUGUGGUUUUUUCUUAGCUGACCAUUUUUAGCAUGUGCUACAAGCAUCCAGCAUUAAUCCAGCUUAGAACAACUAAAGUUGCUAAAGCACAAAUUCUUCGGGUGUGUAAUUAGUGUUGACUUGCACCUUCUUUUCAAAGCUGACAGAUGUUAACUCUGGGGCCUACAGUUACCAGUGAAUCUCGUUUGCUGUACACUCAGCUGCUGAAAAGUUGUAAAUCGAAGGUGAAGAUGCACGUCCUAAUCUUGCUUUGAUAUGGGGAGAUCUAAAACCAAAGUCUCCUACUGACAUUUUAAACCUCUGCUAAAUACCUUAAAGCUUCUUAGGGAAGAACCUGGGCUGCCUGUCGAUUCCAUCGGCUAACUCGACCCUAAUACACAUUGGGACCAGCUGGUAGAACAUGCUGCAGAACUUUUUACUUAUCCUGGUAGGUUUUUCCUGUGCUUUGACAAGAGUUGAUGCUCCUUCUUUCUUUAGUAUGUUUUUAUUAAACAUUCUUACAAAAAAAAAAAUGUACUGGGUCACAUUUUAUAUUAACAAUGUUUUAAUAAAGUCACUUUAAAUAGAA